AUGUCGCGCGUCGCUUCCGCCAAGCCGUACGCGUGGCCCUACGACGGCUCCCUCGCCGCCGACGACGUCGCGCUCGUACUCAUCGACAUGCAGACCGACUUCUGCGGCCUCGGCGGAUACGUCGCGCAGAUGGGCUACGACGUGUCGCUGACCCGAGCACCCAUCGAGCCGCUCCGCUCGGUCCUCGCCGCCGCUCGCGCCGCGGGGGUCCGGGUGAUACACACGCGCGAGGGCCACCGUCCUUCCCUGGCGGACCUCCCCGACAACAAGCGGUGGAGGUCGAUGCAGGCGGGCGCGGGCAUCGGCGACCCCGGGCCGUGCGGCCGGAUCCUCGUACGGGGCGAGCCCGGCUGGGACAUCAUCCCCGAGCUCUACCCGCUGAGCGCCGAGGACGUCGUGGACAAGCCGGGGAAGGGAUCCUUCUGCGCGACGGACCUGGACCUCAUCCUGCGCUCGCGCGGGAUCAAACGCAUCAUCCUCGGGGGCAUCACCACCGACGUCUGCGUCCACACCACCAUGCGCGAGGCCAACGACCGCGGGUACGAGUGCCUCCUGCUCGAGGACGGAUGCGGCGCCACCGACGCCGGUAACCACGCCGCGGCGAUCAAGAUGGUCCACAUGCAGCACGGCGUGUUCGGCGCCACGGCGACGUGCGACGCGGUGUGCGCCGCGCUCGACGCCCUCCCUCGGGUACCCGACGCCUCCGCCCUCGUUCGGACGACGAUGACCGCCGGGCUCAAGUCGAGCCACGCCGCCGGCGAGGUUGCGAGCGCAAAGCCGUAUCCGUUCGCGUGGCGCGUCGGCGAGUGCGCGCUGGUGAUGGUCGACUGGCAGCGGGACUUUUGCGACGACGGCGGGUUCGGCGCGAGCCUCGGCAACGACGUCACGUCACUUCGCCGGGCGAUACCCGCGGCGUCGCGCGUGCUCGCCGCGGCGCGCAAAGCCGGGAUGCCGGUGAUUCACACGCUCGAGGCGCACGCUCCGGACCUCUCCGAUUGCCCGCCCGCGAAGAAGGCGCGUUGCCCGGCGAUCGGCGAGAUUGUCGUUGGGGGUAUCGAAGGCAGCAGGGUGCUCGUCGCGGGGGAGCCGGGCAACGCCCUCGUCCCCGAGCUCGCCGCGGCGGAGGGCGAGGUGGUGAUCCGCAAGCCCGGGAAGGGGGCGUUUUUCGGCACCGACCUGCAUACGCGCCUCGAGUCACUCGGGGUGAAAUCGCUCCUCUUCACCGGGGUCACCACCGAGGUGUGCGUGCAGACGACGAUGCGGGAGGCUAACGACCGCGGGUACGAGUGCCUCCUCGUGGAGGACGCCACGGAGAGCUACUUCCCGGAGUUUAAAGCAGCCACGCUGGCGAUGAUCACGGCGCAAAACGGCAUCGUCGGGUGGACGGCGUCGGCCGCGGACGUCGUCGCGGCGAUGAAGUGA